AUGCUUAGUCUGCGUUCGAAGCUGCACUCUGCCAUCCGGCAGACGCGCAAGCCCUCCACCGGCAGGAGCAGCGGCUCGCCCAAGGGUGUUGUCGGAGCCGACGCCAACGACGGUGGUCGAAGCAGCAGCAGUAGCAGCGUACCACCCCUGGCGGGGUCCUCUCCAUCAGCCGCCGGAGGAGGAGAAAGCAGCUCAUCUGCCCCGCAGCAGACAUUCGCAAUCAGCCUGUGCACUCUUCCCGCCGAGCUUCUGCGCAAGAUUGCUUCCUGCUGCGACAUCGCCGACAUCUUGUCUCUCAGCCGCACAAGUCGACAAUUAAGAGACCUCCUCGACGAUCCCCUGGUCUAUCAGGAGAGUCUGCGUCUGCAUAUGGCUGCACUCACAACGACGUCGACUCCUGGCAAGGAUGCACUCAUCGAUGCCCUUGGGGUUCAAUUGGCCGACGACGAUGCGGCGCGGUCUGUCUGGGAAUCCUUCGCCGUGGCCAUUCGGCAACGGGCCAGCCUGAAAACGGAGAUCGUGAGCCUGCUCCCGCCGUUAACCAAGCCGGACAGGUCACCGGCACCGGAGACGGGAGGACCCGACCGGGAAGUAGUCGAAGAGCUGGAAGGGAAGUUGGGAGUGUCGUCGACCUUGCUUGUCCUUGGCUACUCGGACCUCUGCGAUCUCGAGCUGGGCUACGAGCUGCUGGGCAUCAACAACUGGUCGAUCAAGCAAAAGAUAUGGCCCGAGUCACGACUCCUAGGCGACAAGCAGCUGAGCCUGCAGCUCGCCUUCUGCACAGCGAUGAGCCUCUUGCAACCUGCGGAUUGGGCGCUGGUUAAGAAGCAGCCCCCAAAUAAGUUUAAGCUCGCUGCUCUCGCGAUCAAGAGAGAGUUCCAGGGGGAGCAGAUGAGCCCCAUGAAUGCUGCUUUCUGUAAUAGCUGGGACGGUUUACAGACGCGAUCACUCCAGUUGGCUGCCGUCAUAACAUACCUCAUGAAAUCUGCAGAGAAACCCGAUUUACCACUGGCGGACAAGAUACCCUUCAUCAACCCCUUACCACAUAACGGUGACCCAAGAUCACGUCCGAGACUGCCACUUCUGGACCGAGGAAGGGGGAGUUAUCUUGCAACCACGGCACAGUCGUGGCAAGAGUGGUACACGUCACGGAUACGAGAGAUGAUAGAGAGCAUUGAAGAAGAAGAAUGGUAUGGAUACUACAUAUAUGCGCUCAACAUCGGCACGUCAUCAGACCCGGCUAUGGAGGGCAUUCAGUUCACGACUGGUGCCGCGGACGCCAAGGGAAACAUAACCCUAGAGGCGAAGGAUGCCAUGGACGGUAUCGUCCGAGGCUUCAACUUCGCAGGCUCGAUCAACCGGACCACGGGGAUCGUCAGCCUCAAGAAGCAGUACAUUGGCGCGCACCAGUGGACAUACGAAGGGGUCAUGACCCCGCUAGGCAUCGUGGGCGAAUGGGGCCGCGCGCAACAGGGCAUGUUCGGGCACUUCUGGCUUUACAAACGGAGUUGGAUAGACAAUAAUGCUAAGCCGGAGCGGGAGAUUUAUUACUGA